AUGAGCUCGGGAACCGAGCCCCGAGCACCCGGGACACCCUUCAGCAUCGCAGACAUACUAGGCCCGCGCAUGGCCCGCCGGGCACCCCUGGCGCCACAGUUCCCCGAGUCGGGUCCUGGUCCCAGAUCGCCGCUGUGCGCGCUGGAGGAGCUGACUAGUACAACUUUCCGCGGACUCGACGGGCGCGUCCUGCAGCCCUCUGAAGGCCGCCCCGCCCCGGGCGCGUUGAGCCCGGGCUCAGUGGGCCGCAAACGGCGCAAGUCACGCACGGCGUUCACCGCGCAGCAGGUGCUAGAGCUGGAGCGGCGCUUCGUCUUCCAGAAGUACCUGGCGCCGUCCGAGCGCGACGGGCUGGCUGCGCGACUGGGCCUGGCCAACGCGCAGGUCGUCACGUGGUUCCAGAACCGGCGCGCCAAGCUCAAGCGCGACGUGGAGGAGAUGCGCGCCGACGUGGCCUCGCUCCGCGCGCUGUCCCCGGGAAUCUUGCCCGGCCUUGCGCUGCCAGACGGUGCCCCAGGCCCCUGCCCGGCCCCUCCUGACCCCGGACCACACCUGUCUGACGAAGAGAUACAGGUGGACGAUUGA